CUCGAACUGUCGUAUGCUGUUAGAAAGAGGUAUCGAUAUAUGUAUAGCAAAGGAGCUUUCCUCCGUUAUCCUAUGAAUAAUAUUUUUCAACGAUUUGCAGAAUCGUCGUAUAACGAUUAGAGCGUGAGUAUCGAGGAAGGCAAAAUUGCAAAAGCAAUUCUACGCAAACACGCUGAAAAAAAUUUUAAAUUAAAUUUAUGUUAAUCUAGAGACAGCGUAAAUAUGCUCCAAUUUUUGCGAUUCAAACGUACUGUUAUUAACAGAAUUCUUAUUUGAAUAAAUUAUAUAACAAGUUUCUGUUUCAUAACAAACCUGCAUCUACCUGAAUUAAGCUGCAGAAAAAUAAGAUCCAAACGAUCGAAAAGAAUCGAGCUGGAUUUGCAUAGUAUCCCAUAGGCUUAUUACACCAGGUCCCCGCCCUUCUCCACUCUUCCUUCCGCAUUUCUACGACAUUUCCCGUGCGACAAAAUAAAUUCAAACUCCUCAAAAUGCCUAACGUCGUAUGUACACCGUGCAAGAUCGGCUCUCGUUCGUGCAGCAGUUUUGCUCCGGUCUCAGUGCUCUUAAAAUAAGGGACCAGUUCGCCGCGGAUUUCCCUCAUCGCGCUGUCCCGUCCUUGGUCACGAUCUAUACAGAAUCGUGAAAAAGUUCAAGGAAACCGGAGUAUCGUCGGCGCAUCGCCGACCUCGCUCAAGAUUGCGAGGCGUCGAGAACGUUUCAGUCCGUACAAAAGGGAUUAUCGCGAGCCUCGAAGGAUUUGCUUGAGCGACGAGGAGAGAAGAAUGAACUUCUGCGAAGCUUUCAUCAUGGAGGAGUGCAAUGCGAAUCCGGAUCCGAUCGACGCAUUAUGCACGUUCAGCGAGUGCAGCUUUUCGUUGAGACAAUCAUUCGGCGACGGACAGAGAGUUGGGGAUCGGAUGUUCGAUCGUCAAGUGACCGUAUGGACGGGGAUGGUUGGCAAUCGGCUGAUUGGGCCGUUUUUCGUCGACGGGUGUAAGAUAAGGGCGGAACAGUAUCUCGUGCUGCUGCGCGAGAGCAUCGUGCCGGCGAUUCGGAGCAUCGAGCGGGAGCUUGGAACAAAAAUCUACUUUCAACAAGACGGCCGUACAUCAGCCCACAAAAGCCUCAACGUGACGGAUUACUUGAACAGCGAAUUUCCAAACCUAUGGUUCGGUCUUCAAACUCGACUGGCAUGGCCGCAGCGCGUUCUCCGGAUUUGAAAUCCUUUGGACUAUUCCUACUGGUCGCUGGUGAAGGGACAUUUCCAUAGGAAAGAAGUCGAGCCGACUCUGGAAUCUCUAGCUUGGUCUUUUAUCAAAGUACACCAUCAGUUUACACCCGAUCUAAUUAGAGAAGCUACGCGAAGCCUGUACCAUCGACUCACCUAUUGUACUGUGGUUGAAGGAGGAUCGUUCGAAAAUUAUUUGUAAUAUCCGUUAAUUUUUUUAUUCUCUGAAAUUUGUUAUAGAUACGGAUGCAUUAUACUUUUCUAUUUUGCGUGCAUGAGAAAUUAUUGUUUUAUUAUUAAAUUUAUGUUUUUAUAAUAAUAGAAAUACUCAAAAGCGAAA